GGGUUUGUUGGCUGGAAGCACAAAUGGUGUUAGACCGGCUAAGCAGGAUGUGAAGGACGGAGGCGCAUGCCUCGCAGCCGAGUGGAGCGGUUUUCCGCGGCCUCGGGGUGGAGGUGAGGAAGGGCUACCUCGAGGACCACAUCGUGAACUUCCUAGGUUUAAUGCUGUGUCUGCAGGUGAUUUCAAACGCCCGGCCACGCCAACGGCCAUUGGCCUACUGGGUGUUAUCCUGGUUGGCUUUUGCUGUUUUUGGAUUGCCGUCGGUCUUCUCAUGCGUUGGCUUUGGUUCGUGGUUGGUUCUGUUGCACGCUUCAACGUCGUCGAUCCGCUUGUCCCAGAUGAUGAUUCCUCUGCGGAUGCUACUUCACGUAGGGCAUUGCUCGAUGUUCUUCCUAGGGUAUCUACUGGAACACAAACUGAGGGCAAUUGGGAUCGGACUCAACCCGAUCUUGAGCAACAUGCUAUCAAUCUGUGCCAUAGGAAUCGCAUGGACCUUGUCCAGCAAAUGAAUCUGUUCUCGUGGUGCUUGGAGAUUGUGAACGUGGUUGUUGUCCUCGGGAUGGGACCACGGCUGUUCCAAAUACUGCCCAAAGUAACCGUCGCGUAUUGUGCGACAACUGGGCUCAGUGUGACGGCGGUGAUGGGAAUCGGCUACGCAAGUCGACUAUUCGGCCUUGCAGGUGGACGCUACGGUCCCGAUGGACGGCUAAGGUCCCACAGAUGGACGCAGGGGUCCGGAUGGACGGCAGAGGUCCGGCGCAUGGACGGCUACGGUCCGGCGGUUAGACGCUGGGUCCCACAGGUGGACGGUGUGGUCCGGUUGGACGGCUAUGGUCUGGGAAUGGACGUGAGGGUCCCACAAAUGGACGCAGGGGUCCGGAUGGACGGCAGAGGUCCGGCGCAUGGACGGCAAUGGUCCGGCGGGUGGACGCUGGGUCCUACAGGUGGACGUCGAGGUCCGACUGGGCGACACUUCGGCCCGGGUUGAGUUGUCCGUUGCUGUUCCAGCCCGUCACUCGUCGAUCGUUCCUCCGGGGUGUCCGUUAUCCUGGUCACGGCACCAAUGUUUCGUCCAGGGUUGACCAGGCCCUACGUUGUGAAUUACUUUGGUCCCGGAGGGGCAGACGAAUAACGACAAUUUCUUCUAUUACGAUGAUUUAGUUAGAAAUCAUACGAAACUUCGCAGAUUUCAGACAUUCUUAACUUACAUCAGGAUGACUAGAGUAGUAGAUGAACAAUUUCUCCGUGAGAUCAGCCUAACUGAUCCUAUUAGAGAGGAUAAUUUCACCGACUAUGAAUUCAGUGAAGUUAUUUACUGCAAGGGUGCGACAUCCUUUCUUCUUAAUAUCGGCACACACACAGAUACAAAGCAAAGAGCUGUGUCAAGCUACGACCAUCAAUCUCUGUGUGAGGCCUUGGGUAAGGUGUGCUUGUUCAAAGGGGAUAAAGCGGUCCCGAAGGGUAAACCUGCAGUUGCAGUAAGUAUCCUAAGACCUCAGCGGGUGAGAGAGCUAACUCAAGUCCUAGCGGCUCUCCCCAAGAUCAAACUUUUUGAUAAGGAUGGCGGAGUCAACAUUUCGGUAUUGUUGGCUCUUCUCCGUUGGAUCCCAGGGAUGGAGGGGAUCCAUUUGGCAUACGUCACUGCAAGGGAUGACGGGGUUGAUCUUGUCGACGGCAACUUGGUCUUUGAAACCAUGGCUGCAGAGUACGAUGACUUCGAUGGCAGGCGCCCUACCAGAGAGUAUGCAAUACACACCUCUGCUACAAUGAUAUGCACAGCUUAUGCGGUCUUGCUAAUGGUAAUCAAGACAAUCAAUGCUAAUGCUGCCAACCAACUUGACAUCUUCAUUGAUAGGAGAAUAAAGGCCCUUUGCCAUACCCUUGGUCUGUCUGCCAAAUCUAUCGAUUGGGAAAACAAGAUCAAACCGCUGCUGGAUGAGGAGGAACUCCGAAAGCUUAAUGAAGAGCUAGGCUUUUUCCCGAGAUUGAAAAAGACGCUGUUUGUUCCGGUUAUUGAUAUGCAUACCCCGGAACUGCAGCACAUGAACCUUAUAUUUCAAGAAACGUCGAUGACAAUUUUUUCUCUUAUCGCCGAAUUCUGGCUCACAACCGAUAUCACCAGACUUCAUGUUUCACCUCUUGUCUUGGUAGAACUGCCCAAGUGGCAAAAGGCAAUGCACCAACUUGUAUCACUUUACGGGACAUCAUGGAGAUUCUACAAGUUGAUUGAUCCUCGCGGAACUUUAACAGCGCAAAGUAAUUUUCGUACUCUUGGGUGCGCGGCGCUCUCCUGGAAGCGUCUGAAUACGUUACAGUCCGGCCAGUCGUCUCUUGCCCAACUUCAGGGUGUCAAAAUAAACCCUGAAUUUGAAAAACUUGCAUCGAUAAAGCUCAAACCCGAGUUUGUAGGAACGGAUGCUAAGUCGUAUCUUGAGAUUGUCAGGGGCCUCCUAGAGGAUCAAUCUCCAUACGUGAAUAUGAAUUGGAGCCGUAUUGUCAAAGCCAUCUCUGAGGGAGAGUGGGUUGAGGGAAAAUACUUUUAAGAGCCCUAGAAGGCCCAAGAUAUCCAGAUCUGUCUGUUUCAUCUAAAAAACAUCCUUUUUAUAAUCAAUCAUAUAUAAUCCUAUUCUGUAUUCCUAUUCUACCUCUAUCUAUCUUUUAUUCCAGCGGGGCUUUCCUAAUAAAAAAAAAA